AAUGAAACAGAGACAAGAGUUUGACAAUUACUCUAGUGUAAACUAUAUGCCUGCUCAUAGCGAUUUGUAUCUCAGCUGGCUAAAGGAGCAUCCCCUUAGAAGGUUGGACUGGGAUCGAUGGUUGCUCAUGUCAAUGAUUGGCAUUAUUAUAGGCCUUGUAGCCUUUCUCUUGAAACAAACUUUAGCUGUUUUAGAUGACUUUAAAUGGAAUAGAGCCCGAGAACUCGCUUCAGAGAGCAUAAUCAAGUGCUGGGGCUGGACUGCUGGCAUUAGUAUAGCUUUUGUCCUUAUCAGUUCAAUUAUCAUUGUCUUCAUUCAUCCGCCUGCUGGAGGUAGUGGUGUUCCAGAAACCAUCACUUUCCUUAAUGGAAUUGUAGUUCACAAAACUCAAACGUUACGUAACUUUAUUGCGAAAUUCGCGUCCGUUGUCUUUGCCGUAUCUAGCGGACUUCCUUGCGCUAUACAAGGUCCAAUAAUUUCGUUAGGAGCGAUUAUUGGUUCCGGAGUAGGUCAAUUUCAAUCAAAGUCUUUAGGAUUUCGACCAAACUGGUUUUCGAGAUUUCGAAAUGCCGAAGAUCGUCGAACAUUUACAACAGCUGGAGUUGCCGCAGGCGUAGCCGCAGCUUUCAAUGCUCCUAUCGGAGGUCUUCUCUUCGCAAUGGAGGAUUUAUCUUCUCAUUGGAAUAGGAAAUUAUCUUGGCAAACGUUCUUUUGUUGUUGUAUCUCCGUAUCGGUUGCGAAUUCUUUCAAUUCGGCAUUCGAUAGAUUCAAAUGGCAAGGCAGUUUUGGAUUAUUUAACUUAUGGGUUGCUGAGCCGAUUCAAGUGAACAUUCUUAUGCUGCUUCCAGCCAUUAUUCUCGGAUUGAUAGGAGGAGUUCUAGGCGCCAUAUUCACAAGACUAAAUGUCGCUAUAAUAGAAUUACGAAAAUUUCUAUUCGGGAAGAUAAAAAACUUGAAUUUACAAAGAUUAGCAAGAAUAAUUGAACCGUGCAUUAUAGUGUUUAUUAUGUCGGUUAUUGUCGUCUUAAUGCCAAACGCUUUUCAAUGUACUGAAGAUAAAUCUCGAGAAGGGAAUAUAACGGCUCCAAUCUUGAAGCAAUGCAAUAUGAGCUUUAAUACUUUUCAGCCAGAUGAAUUCUCAUGUAAAGAUAACUCAACUUACAAUGAAGCUGCUACCUUACUCGUCGGUUCGGGAAAUAGACUUUUAAGUCGAUUAGUCUCUCGGGGAACGCACAGAUGGUUUCAUUAUAGGACACUUUUAGCAAUUCUUCCUGUAUGGUUCUUCAUGGUCUCUUGGACGGCAGGAACUUCGGUUGCCGGAGGAAUUUUUGUACCAACAUUAAUAUCGGGAGCUAUUUACGGAAGAGCUUUUGGUCUUGCAAUCUUAGAUAUUUAUACCUCUCGGACCGGCCAUCAAUAUCCGAUAGAUUCUUAUUGGGAAUGGAUCGACCCAGGAGCGAUAGCCAUGCUUGGAGCGGGAAGUCUUCUCGGUGGUGUCACUAGACUAUGUCUCGCCGUUACCAUGAUUAUUGUUGAAAUGUCACAAGACAUCGACUUUGUAAUUCCAGUUAUGAUUAGCAUUUGGUCCGCCAAGGUUGUCGCCGAUCAACUAGCUUUACCUUUGUAUAAAUUCAUGUUGAAUAUUAAAUCUCUGCCAUAUUUGGACGCUGAAGCCGAAGUAGUAAUUGACAAUGAAAUAGUCAACUUGGAAUUGUACAAGGCAAGCCACAUUAUGGCGUCGUCUCCAAAAACCAUUCAUAGCGUUGAAUCGCUGAGUACAUUGGCAAGGCUACUGUUGGGAACAAAGCACGGAGGAUUUCCAGUUGUGAAAUAUGACGAAGUAACUAAAACCGAUAUUUGUUACGGACUGAUAACGAGGAAUGAAUUGUACAUCGUUAUGUGUUGCGAUGACGUCUACAACGAGGAGCAGAUAGGCAAAACUGUCACUCCAACAAUCGAAUGGGAGAAGAUAUCGGUGGAUUAUCUAACUGAUCCUUCGGCUAUGGAAGAAAGGGUAAGAACUUAUACGAAAUUCGACCAAUAUAGAAACAUCUACGUAAAUUUGGAACAAUUCAUUGACAAAAGUUGUACGAAAGUUGAUCAAGAAUACUCUGUGCAUAGAGUUUAUACUCUGUUUAGGACAUUGGGACUUCGGCAUUUGCUUGUUAUAGACUCGUUGAAUAGAAUAGUAGGAAUCAUAACUCGCAAAGAUUUAAUGAACUUCAAUAUUCACGAAAAAUUAUGUCUGUUUGAAAAUAGCUUGAAAAUCGAUGAUAAUCUAUUCAUAAGUUCUGCUGGUUGUAGCAUGGAGGAAAAAGGAGAGAAAGAUAGUGUUGUUUAUCAGAUUCUACCUGCCGUAACUAUCCCUAGGAUAGAUGAGGAAAUUGAGGAAGGGUCUAGAAAAAAUACGAUAACUUCAUUUGAUAGGGGAAGUGAAAGCGUAGCGGCUGAAACAGAAGUAAACGAUGAGGAAACGUUGAAUGAAAUUUUAGAAAGUGGGGAGAAUAGUAAGAGGUGUGAAGAGAAUUUACGGAAGAAUAGCUUGGAAUUAAGGAACGUGAAAAGAAUCUCAAAAAGUGAUUCAGUCGUAAAAUUUGAUUUAUCUUAUACUGAUGAAAAAACUAGACUUUAA